CUAUGGACGAAGAAGAGCCAGCGAUAAGCUGUCAACUCAACUCUCGCGUAGUUCUAACAAGCUAAAACAAGUAGGUUUAGCUCUAGCUAGCUAGGCUACGUUCACAAGCUAAGCCACAGCCCAAGCACCAGCAGAGAUGCUAAACUUGCUAAUAUGUUCUGAUUAUUUGUCCUUUGUCUCUACAUUUGGAUUUGUUGCGGACCUCUCAAUAUAAUAUUUUGGUUAUGGGCAUCCGUUAUAAACAGAGAGUACAGUGUCAAGUAGCAAGUUUAAAUUAUUUCAAACAACUUUGUUGUGGUGGUACUGGAUCCAGAUAGCUUGCUACCUUACGUAGCAUAGCCAGCUAGCGCUUUGCUGCUUCUGAGUAUAGUCUAGCCAUAGAUUGCAGUUUGUGGUACACACUUUAAUUGUUGUAUGUAGCUUCUCAGUACUCAGUCAGAUCAGACGAUUUCAAGAUUUUUGAAUCAGACCCAGACAGGCCGUUGCUUUUCAAAUUGCAUGUAUCCAAUUAGCUAGCUGUCAAGCUAGCUUGUAUUGUAGAAUAGAAAAUUGCUAGUAUGGCGUCAGAUACAAGUGAUACAGAAGAAUUCUACGAUGCACCCGAAGACGUACAUUUCACCCCAUCUCCCAAAGUGUCUCCUGCAAAGUUUGUCCUUCCCUCAAUCAAGGGCCAGGUAGAAAAUCCACCACAGGAUGCAACUGUUGGGCCUGUCCCACCCGAGACAAGUCAGGAUGAUUCCCUUCAGAUCAUCGACAGUAUUAUUGAGGAAAGCCAAAAGGAGAGUGGUGCAGGGGAGGUUCUGUUGUUGGGCGAGAAAGAUGUUGACACAAGCCCAGAGUCAGAGCUGAGGAAUGCAAGCGCAGCCGUCGUGAUGCCUCAACCUCCCGUGGAACCUCAGAUGGUUGCCGUGGAGCCAGACUGUGCUGCUGUGGAACCUCCGCCUGCAGGGAGGAGCCUUGAACAGCCACAGGAAGAGGCAGAGCUGCAGGGGGCCUGCUCCAUGACUGUCCCAGUGAGCUCAGCGUCUGGGUCACAGGAGCACGCCCAGCCUCCAGACAUUACUAGUGCCCUGGGCCAGAAUCAGCCAGAACUACCAGACCUGCCAGACCUUCCCCGGGUGGCUGCAGAUGGAGACAGGGAGCACAGACCGGCAGACAUCCUGGACCACAAACCAGCCGAGUCAGACCACUCUGGACCAUCCAAACCCCCCCGGCAGUUCACUGUUGAACCUGACAUUGUGGCCAGCACCAAGAAGCCCCCACCUUCACGCCCGCCCCCUCCCGGCGGAGCUCCUCCUCCGAGGCCCCCUCCCCCAUCCCGCCCGGCACUGCCACCCAGCAAGAAGUCCCAGGAGGCUAUGAGGCCAAGCGGUCUUGAAGUGUGUGUGGCUGAGCCAGUUGAAGCGAUGGAGCCGCUGGGUCUGGUGUCUCCCAGCAGUACCGUGAGGAGCAUCACCAAGGACCUGCAGCACUCUCUGGACCUGGCCAGUGCCACCAGUGGGGACAAGGUGGUGACAGCACAGGAGAACGAGGACGGGGCGGCUUCUUCAUCCAGUGGGGGGGACACUCCUGGUCCCCAACGCCCACGAUCCGACUCUGGUAGAGAGCUGACUGAUGAGGAGAUCCUGGCGAGUGUGAUGAUCAAGAAUCUGGACACUGGAGAGGAGAUCCCUCUGAUCCAGGCGGAAGAGAAGCUACCCACAGGAAUCAACCCUCUCACCCUUCACAUUAUGAGGAGGACUAAGGAGUACAUCACCAAUGACGCAGCACAGUCAGAUGACGAUGACAAGUCCCAGCCUCCGCUCACAGACACCGACGGGGGCAAGUUAAAGCAGAAGACUACACAACUGAAGAAGUUUCUGGGCAAGUCUGUGAAGAGGGCCAAGCACCUGGCGGAGGAGUAUGGGGAGAAGGCAGUCAACAAGGUGAAGAGUGUCCGCGAUGAAGUCUUUCACACAGACCAAGACGACCCCUCCUCCAGCGAUGACGAGGGCAUGCCCUACACCAGACCUGCCAAGUUUAAGGCAGCCCACAGCUUCAAGGGCCCCUUUGACUUUGACCAGGUCAAGGUGGUCCAGGAUCUGAGUGGAGAGCACAUGGGUGCAGUGUGGACCAUGAAGUUCUCCCACUGUGGCAGGCUGCUGGCCACAGCGGGCCAAGAUAACGUGGUACGAAUCUGGGUUCUGAAAAAUGCCUUUGACUACUUCAACAACAUGAGGAUCAAGUACAACACGGAAGGUCGUGUGUCGCCCUCUCCCUCUCAGGAAAGCUUGUGCUCCACCAAGUCCGACACAGAUGGUGGGGUGAGUCAGAUGAGCAGUGUUCCAGAGGACCCUGACACCGAGGACAGGAAUGCCCCCUUCCGCCAAGUCCCCUUCUGCAAGUACAAAGGUCACACGGCUGACCUGCUGGACCUGUCUUGGUCAAAGAACUACUUCCUGCUCUCUUCGUCCAUGGACAAGACGGUUCGACUGUGGCACAUAUCCAGGAGAGAGUGUCUAUGCUGCUUCCAGCACAUUGACUUUGUCACAGCCAUCGCCUUCCAUCCCAGGGAUGACAGGUACUUUCUGAGCGGCUCUCUGGAUGGGAAGCUGCGUCUCUGGAACAUUCCAGACAAGAAGGUGGCGCUGUGGAACGAGGUGGACGGCCAGACGCGCCUCAUCACUGCUGCCAACUUCUGCCAAAACGGGAAGUAUGCAGUCAUCGGGACCUACGACGGCCGCUGCAUCUUCUACGACACAGAGCGCCUGAAGUACCACACCCAGAUUCACGUCCGGUCCACCAGAGGACGAAACCGAGUCGGACGCAAAAUCACCGGCAUAGAACCUCUUCCUGGAGAGAACAAGAUUUUGGUGACAUCGAAUGACUCCAGGAUCCGCCUGUAUGACCUGAGGGACCUGUCUCUGUCCAUGAAGUACAAGGGCUACGUCAACAGCAGCAGUCAGAUCAAGGCCAGCUUCAGCCACGACUACUCCUUCAUUGUGAGCGGUUCAGAGGACAAGUACGUGUACAUCUGGAGCACCUACCACGACCUGAGCAAGUUCACCUCAGUACGGCGAGACCGAAACGACUUCUGGGAGGGCAUUAAAGCCCACAAUGCAGUUGUCACAUCAGCCAUCUUUGCACCCCACCCUGGCCUGAUCGUUCCGCAGGAGGCCGGGGCAGAAAAGCCCGAUGCCGAGUGCAAGAGCCUGGACUCCACAGACUCCGAGACCAUUCCCUCAGGAGCCUUGAAGACGGAUCACACUGAGGUCCUACUCUCUGCGGACUUCACCGGCGCCAUCAAAGUCUUCAUCAACGUCAAGAAGUACUGAGCUCUUAAAAGGCCACGUCAAGGCAUAGCCUGGAGCCGGAACUCCCAUAUGGACCCUGUCAGUACGUUAGUGUGUGUGUGUACAGUGAAGCCCCACCAUGGACGCAGAGCUACCUGCUGCCAGCACUUCGAAACGAGCGUCCCUCUACCGGUGAGUGCUCUUGGAGGAUAGAUCGCCUGUCAUCCUCAAGAGAACAGUGACCCAGCGUAAAGGAACAUGUCAAGGAGGACGUAUAUGGGGGGGGGGGGGGGGGAUUAUGGAAGAGGACUGUAAAUGGAAGAAGCAACUCAUUGAUAUCCUGUCAUUGCCUUUGUUUUUAUGUUUUUUUUUAUUUUUUUACAUGAAUACUUGUGCACCUGGUUCCCUUUGUAGCACAGGUGGUUAGAUGGGAGCUGUAAAGCAUUGCCUAUGUGUCACUGGUGCAGAACAUGAAUCUUAACCAAUAAGCAGGAUGAGGUGGAUGAUUGAAAGACACUGAGCCGUCUGUGUGCAAAGGGCACGCUGUAUUUGCACCGCAAAAGCUCACUGCUUUUCUAGACGCCCUUCUCAGCAAUCCUUGACGCAAAACAUGACACUGUAAUAAUUGUUCAACGGUUAGCACUCAAAUUACUUGUUAGAAAUUGUUUUUCAUUUCUUUGUUGGUGUUUGGUAUGAAAAUAAAUGGAACCACUGAUUUUAACAUUUUGAUUCACUUAACAGUAAUAAAGUAAAAGAAAAACCAGUG